UACCAACUCCAGCUAUUGCAUGAUUGAACCAAAAUUAUACAUCAUUCUAAAGCGACUCCUCCAAAUUCCUCUAUGGUUCCCUAUAUAUAUAGACUUGUAUAUACUUAAAGCCAUGUAUCAAUAAAAUCUCUCUAAUCAAGUUUCAUCAAACCUUAAUACAUCCUGUGACUCUUCCUCUGACAUUAUCAAAUAUGGGUGUACUUGAAAUCAUAGUCAGAGUAACUUUGGUGACUGUACUUAUCAAAUUGGUCAUGGCUACAGAUCACAUUGUUGGAGGACCAAAUGGAGGGUGGGAUACAAGCUCAGACCUUCAAUCAUGGGCAUUAUCUCAGAAGUUUUCAGUUGGAGACAAACUCAUUUUUCAGUAUCCACCAAAUCAUAAUGUGAUUGAAGUUACUAAAGCAGAUUAUGACUCUUGCCAAUUAACAAAACCAAUUCAGACCUACAAUGAUGGCAAGACAACCAUUCCUCUUACUUCACCAGGAAAAAAGUACUACAUUUGUGGAACAAUAGGACAUUGCAGCACAGGAAUGAAGGUUGAAAUAGACACUACUCUAGCCACUGCUGCAACUUCCUCUGCUUCAUCAUCACCAGUAGAAUCUCCUUCACCACAAGAAAUUCCCAUCAUUCCCUCUCCAGGUCCAGAGGGAGUAACACUAACCCCUUCACCAUCAGCUGAAUCACCGAGUUAUGGUGUUCCAUUGGCAUCAUCUCCAUUGUUGGAUACACCUCUUGAAACUCCUACACUCUCACCAAUGGUUCCUUCCACUGAAUUUACUGGUUCUGCUGCCUCACCUCUCGAAAACCAUUCGGUAGACCAGCCAGAUUCAUCAUCAGCCAGCAAAGUCAUGCAAGCGGCAGUGCUAAGCUAUUUAACAAUGAUUGUGGCCUUUUAAGGAUGAGAAAUUUUCACUCUCCACCAUUGUUUUCUGUUAUUUGUGCUUAUUAUUCUAUGUUAAACUAUUGUGUUUGGUGUUUUUUCUUUGUUGUAUUGGUGAUUUGCUGUGGUUGAAAUUUCAUAAAGACUAAUCCAUAAUCCAUAAUGCAUCCAUCAGUAAUACACAACAGAAAACCAUUUAAUUAUGAUAGCAUCACAAAUUCAAAAGUAAUACAAUACAAGUUCACCUUAUUGAAAUG